AUGGUUGCAGCAAUAGUACUUCCUGAUGAUGUACUCAAGAACCGAACGGCCUGGCCGUAUAACAUUGACCGGAAUGUUCCUGGCUACCGAGAUAGUGGCAUGGACCACUACAACAGCCUGAUCAAGCAUCUCGAGGGCCUCAAAGGCAGUGCUACCCUGGGCCACCAAUCUGGCGGAGGCUGGUGCUGGCGCUACAGCUGCGAAUACAACAUUGGCGUCUACGCUUGCAACGACAACGAAUCCCACAACGUUCAGGUCCCUUGGUCAUUUAUAGCUGAAUAUGCAGGACAUGUCCGCGACUAUUGCAAAAUUCAGAGGAGGAUCCACGGUAGAUGGAAAGAGAGGAUUUUGGGUCAAGCCUUUCAUCCGGACGGCUGGAAUGUGAUUGUGGGCAUCAGCAAUGACAAGGGCUGUUGA